GCUGCUUCUGCUUCUUUUCCCUCUUUCUUCCAUCUUCAUCCCCUUCUCUCUUUUUACUACAGCUCUCUCUUGAACUUGUUGUUUUUUUGUCUUCAAGUUUGUUCCUUCUUUUUAGUCCUACUGUGACUUUCCUUUUGUUUUUUAGAACCAUUCUACAGUCUUUACUCAAUUCCUCAUCAAAAUGCAAUUGACACACCUUCUUGCCUUCGCCCUGUCGCUCGCUACGUCCGAGGCCGCCUACAAGGGCUUCAAUUAUGGUGCUACCAAGUCUGAUGGCAGCGUCAAGUCUCAGUCCGAUUUCGAAUCGGAGUUCUCGACCGCUAAAGGUCUGGUUGGCACUUCGGGCUUCACCAGUGCUAGAUUGUACACCAUGAUCCAAGGUGGUACUACCAACUCCCCCAUUUCCGCCAUCCCCGCGGCCAUUGCUGAAAACACCUCCCUGUUACUGGGUCUUUGGGCCUCUGGUGGUGGUAUGGACAACGAGUUGGCUGCCCUCAAGUCGGCCAUCUCCCAAUACGGUGACUCCUUCGCCAAACUGGUCGUGGGUAUUUCUGUUGGUAGUGAAGAUCUCUACCGUGCCUCUUCGGAGGGUGAGAAAGUGAAUGCCGGCAUUGGAGUUGGCCCCGACGCCCUUGUCUCGUAUAUCAAGGAGGUCCGGUCCAUCAUCUCUGGCACCGCCCUGAGCAGCGUCCCCAUUGGUCACGUCGACACUUGGACCGCCUGGACCAACGGCUCCAAUUCGGCCGUCAUUGACGCUGUCGACUGGUUGGGUUUUGACGGCUACCCUUACUUCCAGAGCUCCAUGUCCAACUCCAUCUCGGAUGCCAAGGCUCUCUUCGAUUCCUCUGUGGCUCAGACGAAGGCUGUCGCUAAUGGCAAGGAGGUUUGGAUCACCGAGACCGGAUGGCCCGUCAGCGGAAGCACUCAGAACCUCGCCGUCGCUUCCGUCGCCAACGCGAAGACCUUCUGGGAUGAGGUGGGAUGCCCCUUGUUCGACGAGACCAACACCUGGUGGUACAUCCUUCAGGACGCCAGUCCCACCACCCCUAACCCCAGCUUCGGUGUGGUCGGCAGCACUCUGAGCACCACCCCGUUGUUCGACUUGUCUUGCUCUAACAGCACUCGCCCAUCUACAUCCGCUUCUAGCUCCGCUGCUAGCUCGGCUAUUCCUUCUGGCUCUGCUGUUCCUUCUGGCUCUGCUGUUCCUUCUGGCUCUGCUGUUCCCUCUGGCUCUGCUGUUCCCUCUGGCUCUGUGAGCCCUUCGUCGUCCGGAAUCGCUGCUAGUGUCACUCCCUCUGCCACACCCAGCUUCACGGUCGGCAAGGGAUUCCAUCCAUCCAACUCCUCCGCUGCUGCCCACUACUCCAGCGCUUCGGUCAGCGGCUCGGCCUUCCCUAAAUUCACCAAGACCGCCAGCGCAUCCUCGUCUGCUUCGACCAACGCUGGUAGCUCUUCUGACUCUAAGUCGACCAACUCUGGCAGCUCCUCUUCUGGCUCUUCGUCGACCAACUCUGACAGCUCCUCUUCUCCCUCUUCUUCCACUCUUGCCACGGGUGGUGCCAGCUCCGUCUCGAGUUCCAUCUUCGGUGCUCUGGUUGCUGUCUUUGCAUUCGUGGUUACUUUGUAAGAAACAGCCUUGGUCAUGAUCCCGAUCGAUAGCUAGAUGCAGACAACCCUCGGCUCUAUUUACAGUUGGCGGUUUUUUUAAAGUAUAUAUAUAUAUUCGCUCGUUCUUUUUGUCAAGGAGAGAAAGUUCCACAUAUACACUAGCAAUGUUGUUGUGAAUAGACUUGUUUGUUUUGGCCCUCACCUUGCACUUUUGCGCCUCCAUUCUUGAUGUGUAUUAUUAGACUAGAUUGAUUAGACUUCUUCUGCUGGCUCGAAGAGUAAAAUGAAUAUGGACAUGAACAUGAAUUCGCAUUGUCGGUGGUGAUCUUUCUAGUGACCUUUCCCUCACAUGUAUCACUUUGCAACCGCAGAAUUUGAAAUCCAUCACCCA